AAUAAUUGCAUCACAUAUUGUUAUCUGUCAGAAGGCACUACAUUUAAAUUAGACACAAGCCUCGAAAAGUUUGUUUCAGUCUGAAAUUCAGACCUUUCAGAGACUUCCGUAUUUUUCUUAGACAGGAACAAGCCUGGAGAUUGGGAGUUGACACUGAUACGCCUGUUCUUUUACACUGUAAUUCAGAUUAUUGGUUGAGCUUGAUAUAUACUCGCUUUUUAUAGUAUUCUCUGGUUAACUAGUUUGAAGCAGAGAGUAAAAUAAGUGGUUCGAUGCUGUCUGUCUUAUGUUAUGUUUGAUCAGCUGAUUUUGUAACCUCACUUUUCUUUUCAUUGGUGGUGACAGUUCAAUGUGACGAAUUGAAAAUUGUGCAUAAAGAGAAAUUACGUGAUCUAUGGGAAAAUCAUUAUCAGUGUUUUGUGUAUGAGUAAUUAAAAUGACGAAAUAACUCAACAGAACUUGUAUCUAAAGUGUAUUAUGAAAAUAUAUUAACUUUAAAGAAAUAAAAUAACAAUGUUUGCUUAGAAUAUAAAAAUUUCAAAAACAACUCAUAAUGGAUACCACUAAUCAGAGCAGUGAUGAAUUCAAACAUGUAAAAACUAGUGUUGAAGGAAUUGAUGAAAAGGAGAAAGUUAAAAAUGAUGAAGAUGAAGAUGAUGAUGAUGAAGAUGAAAGAAACAGUACAGUUUCUGAAGAAGCUGAACCAAAGUUGAAAUAUGUCAGAAUGAUGAAUGAUGUUCAGAAUAUUUUAACUAAAGAUGCAGCAAGUUGUAUUGCAGUUCAUCCAAAAUUUGUUUGUGUAGGCAGCCUCUGGGGAAUGAUUCAUUUGCUAGAUCAUCAAGGAAAUAACAUCCGUGGCAAGGAAUUGAGAGCUCAUUCUGUAGCAGUGAAUCAAAUCAGUAUUGACCAAAAUGGUGAUUUUAUUGCAAGUUGUUCAGAUGACGGGAAAGUUUUUGUUUAUGGCUUGUAUUCAACUGAAAACAAUCAUGAUAUGGUAAUUGGCCGUUUAGUUAAAUCUGUAGCAAUUGAUCCAAAUUACUUUAAGGCUGGUUCUGGGAGAAGAUUUGUUACUGGUGAUGAGCGUUUAGUGUUGCAUGAGAAAACUUUCUUAUCACGCCUCAAGUCUUCUGUGAAGUCUACUGUCCUUUGUGAAGCAGAAGGUGGUGUUCAAAAUAUUAAAUGGAAUGGACAAUUCAUUGCUUGGGCAAGUGACAUAGGUGUAAGAGUUUAUGAUGUUGAUGCUCAUUGCUCUCUGGGACUUAUCAAAUGGACCAGGAACCCAAAAGCAUUACCUGAACACUACAGAUGCAAUCUUUGUUGGAAAAAUGCAACAACUCUUCUAGUUGGAUGGGUGGAUACAGUUAGAAUAUUGGUAAUUAGAAAACGCAAUCCAAUUGAAUAUUCAAGACGUGAGCUACCUGAGUAUGUUGUUGAACCAGUGUCAACAUUCACUACAGACUUUUUUAUUUGUGGUAUUGGACCCUUAGACAAUUAUCUGGUGUUAUUGGGCUAUAUGAAGGAAAUGGAUGAAAAUGGGAAAGCACAAAGACCGCAGUUGUAUGUCUUAGAACCUAGACCUGAAGACUACAUUGAAGUGUGCACUGAUGGUCUAUCAUUGAGAGGUUACCAAGAAUACAAAUGCAAUGACUAUCAUUUAGAAUGCCUCCUUGAAGAGAAUCAUUUUUUCAUUGUUAGUCCUAAAGAUGUGGUAGUAGCCAUUCCAUAUGAUGCUGAUGAUAGGGUGCAGUGGCUUAUGGAACAUGGUAAAUAUGAAACGGCAAUGCAGGCAGUUACUGAACUGGAAGGUCGUAAUUUAAAGAAAUACAACCUAUUGAAAGUUGGGAGGGCUUAUUUGGAUCAUUUAUUAUCACAAAACAAAUUUGAAGAGGCUGGAAAGCUCUGCUUGAAAAUAUUAGGCAAAGACAAACAACUAUGGGAAGAGGAAGUAUUCAAGUUUGCACGUCAACAGCAAUUGAGAGCUGUGAGCCAAUAUUUACCAAAUGGUGAUAAUGCAUUAGAUCCACAUAUCUAUGAAAUGGUGUUAUAUGAAUAUUUGAAAAUUGAUCCACAGGGCUUCUUGCGGCUAGUUAAAGAAUGGUCUCCAACAUUAUACAAUGUCCCAGCUGUUGUUAAUGCUGUGCUUGAACAUUUGCUGGUUAAUGAUAAAGAUAAUGUCGUUCUUCUUGAAGCACUGGCCAUUUUAUAUUCACAUGAGAAGAAAUAUGAUAAAUCCAUGGCUAUGUAUUUGAAGUUGGUAUCCUUAUCAUUUACUGUGUUGAGACAUAAGGAUGUUUUCAAACUUAUUCACAAGUAUAAUUUGUAUACAUCCAUUCAUGAUAUGAUUGAAGGUUUAAUGGAUCUUGAUGCAGAGCAGGCAAUUAACAUGUUUCUGGAAAAAGAUCGAGUUUCUUCAGAAGUAGUUGUGUCACAUUUGGAAAACAACCAACUUUAUUUGUACUUGUAUUUAGAUGCUUUAGAAAAAAAGGAUGUUGAAGCAAGUAAAAAAUAUCAUGGAAAACUAGUACGACUAUAUGCAGAAUUUGACCGGGAAAAAUUGCUUCCAUUUCUGCGAAGAAGAGAUCAGUAUCCUAUUCAAGAAGCCCUUAAUAUUUGCCAUGAAAGAUCAUUUUAUCCUGAGAUGGUUUAUUUGUUGGAUCGUAUGGGUAAUACAAAGGAUGCCUUGGUGCUGAUAAUGCAGGAAUUGCAAGAUAUUGAUCAUGCUAUUACAUUCUGCAAGGAACAUGAUGAUCUGGAAUUGUGGCAAGAUCUCAUAACAUAUUCCCUCAACCAACCAGAGUUUAUCACAUUCCUUUUACAAAAAAUUGGAACAUACAUUGAUCCGCGUAUAUUAAUUCAGAAGAUUGAAAAUGGAUUAAAAAUAGAAGGACUUCAAAACUCUUUGGUGAAAAUGAUGCAGGACUACAAUUUACAGGUGUCAGUUCAAGAAGGAUGCAAAAAAAUACUUGUUACAGACUAUUUUAAUUUACACAAAAAAUUAGUUGGCUUACAGCAGCGAGGAAUAUCAAUUGACGAUGAUCAAGUUUGUGGAGCUUGCCACAGGAAAAUCAUUGUUAAAGAUCUCAGCCAUGCCAGCAAAGUAAUUGUAUUUUUCUGCAAGCACACAUUUCAUGAAGAUUGCUUGCCUACUUUGGGUUUAUUGGAAAGCUGUGUUAUUUGCAAACCUGGAAAGAAUGACCUGGUUACAGCAUCACCAAGGAAAUAAAUGAAAUUUACAAGUUCGAGAAAUGUCCAAGCAUCCACCACUUAUCACUUUCUGAAAUGUUCUCUAUUACAAAAAAUUUGAAGAGUAUUUGAAUCAUAAAAUAAUACAUUGGUGUAUAAUUGUUUGAAAAGAAAAUUGUAAUUCUUAUUUUCAUGUUAAAAUUAAAUUGACUAAUUAUUAGCCCUCUAAUUAUUUAUAAAUAUAUAUGUAUAUUGUUAUGACCUUUAUGUUGAUUUUUUAAAUAUAUUUUGUACAUAUUUAUUUUG